CUGGACUGCAAGCACGUGUUCCACCGCGACUGCCUCGACAGAUGGCUGACGUCGCCGGCGGGUUUGGCAGGGUCGUCUUGCCCGCUUUGCCGAACUCGGCUAGCUCUGCCGGCUCCGGAGGAAGGGAAGGGGACGGCCGCGGCGGUGGACGACUGCGGUGGCGGUGAAUGGGGCCGUCGGGAGAUGUUGGCCUUGCUGGCUAAGUUCCGAGAAGAAGGCAGCCGCCCGGUGGCGGCGGCGAUCCCGAGGCCGACGUAUUAA